UACAGAGACAGCAACAAAACGGCAGCCGUGGAUACCAAUACGCUGCGCAGUUCAGCCACUGUGAAAGCGACGCAGCCGCCAACGACGACGACGUCGACGCCGCUGCCGCCGCUGACAAUUUGUCAGCCGACAGCGCCAACGCCUGCUUAUCAGCGGUUGACCAAAGCGUUGCAAUGCGAUCCGAGAUGUGGUCACGAGGUAACAAUAGGCCGUCGCAUAGGUCUCUACAGAUUCUGUGGCGACAUCGGACGCGGGAACUUCUCCAAAGUGAAAUUGGCCGUGCAUCAGUUGACACGAGACAAGGUGGCCAUCAAGGUAGUUGACUUGGACCGUGCCGGUCUAGAUGCUAAAGCAUUACGCAUGCUAUCCAGCGAGAUAGCGACUCUCGAGUGUGUUCAUCAUCCCAACAUAUUGAGGCUCUUUGAGGUUGUUGAGACGUUGGGACGGGUUUAUCUGGUCACAGAAUGGGUACGCGGUGGUGAGUUGUAUAACCAUAUCACACAGGGUGGUCCACUGCGUGAGAUUCAUGCAGCGCCGCUUUUUAAGCAGCUACUGCUGGCUGUUAAGCAUAUGCACAAUCUGGGAUAUGUGCAUCGCGACAUUAAGGCGGAGAAUGUGCUGUUGCUCUCCGAGGAUCGUCUCAAGUUGGCCGACUUCGGUUUUAGCACUCAGCUUAUUAAUGGUGCCAAUCAGAAGCUUGACACAUUUUGUGGUUCGCCGCCUUAUGCGGCUCCGGAAUUGUUCUCCGAUGACCAUUAUAUUGGUGCUCCCGUGGAUGUCUGGGCCUUGGGCAUCUUGCUUUAUUUUAUGAUCGUUGGGAAUAUGCCAUUUCGGGCUCCCACCAUACCAGGACUCAAGGCAGCCAUACUCAAAGGGGACUAUCUUCUUCCCGGCCAGCUCAGCUUGCCCUGCAUUAGACUAAUCCAACGAAUCUUAAUUCAUGUGCCCGCCCAGCGGCCCACAAUUGAUGACAUGCUGACCAGCCAAUUUGUCACUUGUCCCAAGCUAAGUGCCGAGUUGAUGCAACAAGAGUUGAACCUGCACAGCAAACCCGUCAAGCGUUCCAUUUUCUGGGCCCGAAAAUCGCAUCGGCUGCGGAAGACGGCCUCGUUAAGGGAACGUUAUGCCGAGGUGGUCAAGAAGCCGGCCAUUAGCAUGAAUACCCGUCAACAGAACGAGAUGUUUGUGCACAGUUUUCUGCAUCCCAUCGAGCUGGGAAUUGCUGAAAUCCCUCCGGGAAAUGCCAAGGAGCAGGAGGCAAAUGGCGAGUCGACAAAACGUUCCGGGCCGAGCAGACGUAACUUUUUAUUUUGCGGCACAUUGAAGAAGAAGAUAACACCCAUCGAAACGGAGCCGGAAAAGCAGCUCUCAAAUGGUGGACCACCGACAAAGAUGAGUCCCUGGAGCGUCGAAGUCGCCGACGAUUGUCCGCUUUUUAAGAACUACGAUGCGGAGACGGGCAGCUGCGUCAUGUUGCCCACAAACACCGACGAUCUCAGCCAGCUUUGUGCCCUAGAGUUUGAGGCGAGGCAACUCCUUGCCGAGCUUGGCGUCAGCUCUCAAAUGCUGAUCACAGCAUCGCCCAGUGGCCCAAGAUCCGACAUCAUUGGCGCCUAUCGCAUUGUGGUCAAUCGGCUGCAAAAGCAAUCCUGGUUGGCCAGAAAGCAUGUGGAGAUGGCGCUGCAUAUCGAACCGAAGCAGGAGAAACGCAUCGAACGGCAAUGCUGCAUAUUGUAG